ACUUUAAAGACAACAAGUGAGUUCUCCCAAUGUCUAAACAUUUUCAUUCCCUGCUUUCUCCACACAGCAGAAGAAAUGCAGGCAGAAUUUCUCUUCUUCACCCUUGUGUAACUUUGUACCCAAAUGAAGACGCAGCGAGUCAAGCGCCUCUCAGCGUGCGUCUGAAGGUCCGUUUUAUUUUGAAGGCCUCACUCGGAAGUGCUGACGUCGCUGCUGUCUGCUGGUUGGCGCGUCGCGGCUGGCUGCUGAUUUGCUUCCUCGGAGCAGCACUGAGUUUGGAGCGGGUACUGUGAAAUGUGUAACCAUGAUGCUGCCUGGCUGAUCAGCGGAGGACGCUAGGAGACAGAGAGCUGCAACUAGCUGAAGGCAAGCGAAGGAGGCAGGACUCCCCACACCUCAUGCGUGGGCUGGGCAAAGGUCCGAGUGGAUACGGGUCUGACAAACAUGGGGGUGCUCCAGCUCCACAAUCCCACCCACCCGGGCACGCUUCUGCAGCGCGCCAAUCAGAUGCGUCUGACCGGCACCUUGUGUGAUGUCAUCAUCACGGUGGACGGCCAGGAGUUCCCGGCGCACCGCACCGUCCUGGCCUGCACGAGCAAAAUGUUCGAAAUAUUGUUCCACCGCAGCAGCUUACGCUACGCCCUGGACUUCCUGUCCCCCAAGACCUUCCAGCAGAUCCUGGAGUACGCCUACACCGCCUCGCUGCAGGCCACGGCCGAGGACCUGGAUGACCUGUUGUACGCCGCCGAGAUCCUGGAGAUCGAGUACCUGGAGGAGCAGUGCCUGAAGGUGCUGGAGACCAUCCAGGCGGAGGAGAGCGAGGAGGUGGCGGCGAAGACUCACGGCGCCGGAGACCACAGCGACUACAGCAGGGCGAGGCACUGGAGGCACAUGCUGAUGUCCAAGAAGCAUUCCAUACAGGAUGGACACAACCGCGUCACUCCCACCGCUCUGCACCACCUUGCGCUCUACCACAUGACGGAGGGAAGCUCUCCUGGCCCGGAGCCCAAGGCGGCUCCUGAAUUGAGCCCCAAGUUGGACGCGGAGGAAGACAUGGAGAGCUCCCAGCAGCCUCGGCGUGGCCGUUCAGAGUUAUCCCAAGCCUCCAUCCUGGAUCCCGGCAGAAGUAUCAAAUCAGAGAGCAUGCAGGUGGACGACGGCAACGGCUGCGAGGGCCGGUCCUCCAGCGCCGGGGAGGGCAGCUGCGUGUCCGACCAGCCCAGGGACGAGGGCCCGGGGACGCCGCUGAGAGGCAGCGUGAUCACCAGCGCUCGGGAGCUGCACAUAGGCCCAGAAGACGGAGGACCAGCGGCGGGGAACCCCCUCGACUGCUUCCCCGGGAUCUCUGAGAAACACCUGGCGUCCGUGUACUCCGUGCCCGCCAACCACACAGGGGAGGGGAUGCUGCCGGUGUCCGUUUCGGCGGCCCCGUCCCUGGGCGUGCCGCUGGACCCCAGGGCCUACGGGGGCCUCCUGCAGCAAGGCCUGCUGCACCGGGAGCUCCUCAGCAGGCUGGGCCAGUUUGCAGCAGGGAUGAGGCACGAGGGGCCGGCUCAAGGCCAGCAGUGCUGUGGCGAGUGUGGGCUUCAGCUGCACAGCAGGCAGGCCAUGGAGCAGCACAGGAGGCUGCACAACGAGGAGAAGGGCCACGGCUGUGAAUACUGUGGCAAACACUUCCAGGACAGCAUGCGGCUGAGGAUGCACAUGCUGUCUCACACAGCUCCUGCGGAGGCGCUGGUGUGUGAUCAGUGCGGAGCCACGUUCUCCUCAGAGGAGGCUCUGGAAGCCCACAGGCAAACGCACACAGGGACUGACAUGGCGGUGUUCUGUCUGCUGUGUGCGAAGCGCUUCCAGACCCAGAAGGCCCUGCAGCAGCACAUGGAGGUCCACGCAGGCAUGCACAGCUACAUCUGCAGCCACUGCGAGCGGCCUUUCCCCAGCCACACCACCCUCAAAAGACACUUGCGCUCGCACACGGGCGAUCACCCGUUUGAGUGUGAAUUCUGCGGGAGCUGUUUCAGAGACGACGGCACGCUGAGGGGCCAUAAACGCAUCCACACAGGAGAGAAGCCUUACGAGUGCAACGGCUGUGGGAAGAGGUUCAGCCUCAAACACCAGCUAGAAACGCACUACCGCGUCCAUACGGGUGAGAAGCCAUUCGAGUGUAAGCUGUGUCACCAACGUUCCAGAGACUACUCGGCCAUGAUCAAGCACCUGCGCACGCACAACGGGGCGUCUCCGUACCAGUGCACCGUCUGCCAGGACUUCUGCCCCAGCCUGGCCUCCAUGCAGAAGCACAUAAAGGGCCACAAGCCGGAGGACGUGCCGGCGGACUGGAGGAUAGAAAAGACUUACCUGUACGUCUGUUACGUCUGAGCGGGACUUGGACCCCCCCACCCUUACCCCUCCUCCCCCCCACCCCCCUCGCCCCGCACACGCUGUCACUGUUGGGGGGGAAAACCUCGUAACAUUUUUUUUCAUGCUGAAAGAUUACGUGUCUCUCUAUGGGUUUAAAAAAAAAAACACUGUCCGACAGUUUUUGGAUAAACUGAAGAAAAUACAUGGUGGUAAGUUUCUACCUGAGAACUGAGACAUGCGAGCAGGAAUGAAACUGCGUGGACACGCGCUAGGGCUGUGACUGCAGUUUCAUUAUCAAUUAGAUUAUUUUUACUACUAAGUGAUAAAUCGUUUGGAAUGAAAAAUGUCAGAAAAGUAGUCACAUUUUGGUGACAUCUUCAAAUAACCGCUGUUAUGUUGUCCGACCAACUGUCCACUCUGAGGAGAUCCAGUUUACAAUGAUAUUAAACGGUGAAAAGCAGCAAAUAAUGAAUUUUUAGCAUUUUCCCCAAGAAAUUACUUAAACUCUAAAUUUCUUAGGCUAUUAUUUCAGCCCUCGUGCACGUAAGCAGACACACACUCUCCCUCCAACUAACAACCGUAUCUGUAAUGGAUCCACUGUGGUUACAAUGAAAGCACCAAUGGCUGUGACUGCUGACCUGUAUAUGUAGCGGGAGCUUUUUGAUCGAUUGAUUGAUUGAUUGCCAAACCGUCAGGCAACCUUAGAAUCUUCCCUGAAGGGGCAGUAGAUGAAAAUGAUUCCAUGAAGGCUUCAUUGGCUGAAAUUUGCAACAUUAUCUCGCUUAAAUUCCUGUGAGUUCUUUUCAGUUUUAUUUCCUGCUGCUGGGUUUUAUUUUGCAGUUGUUUUUUAUGUUGCAUGUACUUGAACGGCUGCCACCUUUUGACCUCAUGAGCUUUCUCUCUGACUGCCUUCUCUUUCUUGCGGUGGGUUUUAUUUUUUCCAGAUAGCUUGCUGACAAUUUGAGUUUCCUUUGCAAUGCAACAGGUUUUGUUAUUUAUAUUCUGUUUAUUCAUUACCAAAUAUGCGUUGGUUUUAAUCACAGUCUGUGUCAUCUUUUAGGAUCUUCAAGAAAGAGUUUUUCCUCUCUCAACUUUUAGACCCACUGCAAAUUAUUCAGUCAUCGGUAGUUUUCAUUUUUAACAAAUACAUCAUUAUUUCAAUGGACACGCAGCGAAUAAAAAAAACACCCUCUUUUAUGUGUACGUUUUUAUCACUAGCUAUAUAUAGAUGUCUUAUACGAUUACUGAAUCUGAAUUUCCGAGGAGAAAACUAAAGAGAACACGAGAGGAAAUUGUUUUUUAUACAAAACCUGAAAAGAAAAUUCUGAAAUUGAAUCACUAUGAGCAGGUUUCUGUCAGUUGUAGUGUAGCUGUAAUGUACAACCUGUCACGGUAUGUUAUUCCCUAAUGUGAGCCUAACACGGGCCUUAUAGAUUUAAACAUGUUGUAUUUUUGUAUUACAGUAAUUUGCUAUCUGUUUACAUUUGGUAUGAUUUGAGAAACAUCUUAAUGUUUGUGUGUGUUUUAUAAGUCUGAUCCGAUUAAGAUCCCUCCCUCGUGCCUCUUUUAUAACUUAGAGCAUUGAUGUGCUUGAGUACAUGGGUCUGUGCUACUGGUUGUUGUUUCUGGGUGUUUGUUUAUUGUUACUUAAUUAAAGAUAGACCGCCAUGUGGAUCCACUCUGUCUGAACAUCGCAACUGGAAGAAACAAACAUACUGUGAUUGUUACUCAGAGACAAGUGUGCGACUUUUCACAUCAUCAAACAGGUCCCUUCAGACUGACGAUGGACUGAGAUUUCUGGAUGAAAACAGUGUGUAUCGCAAAGCUCGGCAUCGGUGGGCAUUAAUAAUGCCCUCUUAAGUAGCCAACAACACUCAGUGCCAUGAAAACACACAUUCACUGUAUCUAUUCUACAUGAACAUGCACUAUAAAUGGAUUUCCUUGGUGGACCAAAAGAAACAGAGCACUUUUGUUUUGAAAAAGGGUUUAUUCUUUGAUCUUUCUAUGUUGUGAUAAUGCAAAAUGUCCUUUGAUUUGAUGUGUCCUAGAAGGAUGUAAUUAGCAUUGUUUAGAUUAUGUCGAUGUCUGUCUACCUCAGGGCCAGAUCAAAGCUCGACCUGGUAUCCAAUCAGGGUUGUUCCUCUUGCCAUGUGUGCAGUAAAGUCCCUCUUCAUUACAGCUUUGUAACACAGUGUGUGAAAGUGUUUUUCUCAGUGUGGAUUCAGGCACAACUCUGUAUGCGUCAGUGUUCGGUGGCAUGGUUUAAAAAAAAAAAAAGAAUAAAACUAUUUACUAUUUUGUGCACCUUG